AUGCGGAAUUCACGUGAAGGAAGGCAUGCGUAUGUACGCCCGGGCCAGCUGCACAGCGCGACACGAGAAGAGAAGGACUUCCGCGCUCGCAUCUGGAAAUCCGCCCGUUCAGCAACAGCCUCUUCCGCGACGACCACAAGGACCUGCGCGCGCCUCGUCGACUACUGGAUGCAGGACGAGGCCGCGACGGCCGGGAACCCGCCGCCCGCGCACACCGACGACGAGGAGCUCGGGGGUUUCCUGUUCGACUUCCUCUUCGCCGCGCAGGACGCGUCCACCUCCUCCCUCUGCUGGGCGGUCUCCGCGCUCGAGUCCCACCCGGACGUGCUCGCGCGCGUGCGCGCCGAGGUGGCGGCCGUCUGGUCGCCGGAGUCCGGCGAGCCCAUCACCGCCGAGAAGAUCCAGGGGAUGAGGUACACGCAGGCGGUGGCGCGCGAGGUGGUCCGGUACCGGCCGCCGGCGACGCUGGUGCCGCACAUCGCGGGCGAGCCGUUCCAGCUCACCGAGUGGUACACGGUGCCCAAGGGCGCCAUCGUGUUCCCGUCCGUCUACGAGUCCUCCUUCCAGGGCUUCCCGGCGCCCCACGCCUUCGACCCGGACCGCUUCUUCUCCGACGCGCGCAGGGAGGACGUGGCCUACAAGCGCAACUUCCUGGCCUUCGGCGCCGGCGCGCACCAGUGCGUCGGCCAGCGCUACGCGCUCAACCACCUCGUGCUCUUCCUCGCGCUCUUCGUCUCCGUCGCCGACUUCAAGCGGGACACCACGGACGGAUGCGACGACCCCGUGUACAUGCCCACCAUCGUGCCCAGGGACGGCUGCUCCGUCUACCUCAACCAACGCUGCGCAAGCUUCCCGUCCUUCUGAGCUGGUCUUCCUUGUCCCAUUAUUCCGUCCUCCUCCUGCCGCUUCCUCCCUCCUUGUCUCUCUCUUCUUUCCUUCAUCCAUCUGGUCGUGUCGAGUGAUGAUCUGUACUAGGACCAACCCGGUGUUUCUUCUGUUAGUUCAUUCCAUUGGACCAUUCAUCAAAUUAUUUCAUUUCUCAUUGCUCUAGUGCUAGCAGAUAUGUCGCGUACCGUGUGCUCAUAGUAGGGUUCGAUCAAUAUGUCAUGUCUGAAAUGGAAGUUUGCAGCUCACUGUGUCUGGAGCACAAAA